CCCCAAAUUUUUUAUCCCGCCAAUUUUUUUUAUCGUCAAUGGCUAAAGAGAUACAAAAUUUAUGGAGAGAAGUAAGAGAAUUGAGUUUAGGAACUAAAAUCGAUCAUCUUGAUUCUCCACCGUCUCCGGUGAAGUUUCUCCGAGACUACGUGUCUCAGAGCAAGCCUUGUGUAAUCUCCAACGCUAUUUCUCAUUGGCCAGCUCUAAAUCUCUGGUCAGAUCCAGCCUACCUCGCCGGAGCUUUGUCAAACGACGUUGUUUCAUUACAUCUCACUCCUAACGGCUGCGCAGACGCCGUCACCGGAGAUAGAGAUCUUUGUUUCGCUUCGGCACAUGUUGAGAAAGUUCUGUUCCCGGAGGCUCUUAAGGCUGUUCAAUCGUCGUGUAAAGGACUAAAGGUUGGGUAUUUACAACAGCAGAAUGAUUGUUUUAGAACGGAGUAUUCGACGGUUGCGUUAGACUGUGACGGUGAUAUUGAGUGGGCUACGGAGGCGUUUGGUUGUUCGCCGGAAGCUGUGAACCUUUGGAUUGGUACUGAUGACUCCGUGACUUCAUUUCAUAAAGACCACUAUGAGAAUCUAUACGCUGUUGUUUCAGGGGAGAAACAUUUUCUUCUUCUUCCUCCGACUGAUGUUCACCGCCUCUAUAUCGAACAAUAUCCGGCAGCUAAUUACUCUUACCACCGAGAUACUGAAGUGUUCAAGCUUGAGCUUGAGGAGCCAGUGAGGCAUGUACCUUGGUCUAGUGUUGAUCCAUACCCUUCGCCAGAGAAAGAAGCAAACGAGAGAUUGAAGUAUCCGUUGUUCUUCAAUGGCCCGAAGCCGUUUCAUUGUACCGUCAAGGCUGGCGAGGUUCUUUACCUGCCAAGCAUGUGGUUUCACCAUGUUAGUCAAACCCCAGGAGAUGGUGGCUAUACCAUUGCGGUGAACUAUUGGUAUGACAUGCAGUUCGACAUCAAGUAUGCUUAUUUUAACUUCUUGCAAUCUUUAUCAUACAAGUCAUCUUCACUCAAUCCAGUUCUGUCUUGGAGAGAAGACAAAGAUUCAGAAUCCAGUGAUGCAGAGCGGAAAUCAGAUAAAAACUCUGGAACUGGCUCCAUGGUCAACUUCUUCUCAGGAGUCCCAAACAGAACUUUGAAACCGCGAAGCUUCAAGCAGAUCCCAUUCCCCAAAAACCCAGAAUCCACCAUUAUCCAACGUCAUAUCCAGAGAAUCGAAGUACAUGUUGCUUGACUCCCGACAUUCUUGGGUUAAUGGAUUGUCUUUCUUCACCUGGAACCGAAGAUCUAUACACUUCUCUGGCCCAGGAAUCAACUGACACAUGCGAUUGCUGUUGGGGCUUAUGAGCUGCAAGUCCACAUUAUGAAAUCUAGUGUAAGAACGACCUUACUGUUUCUCAACCGUCUUUUUGACUUGUGUAUCACCUGGACAUCGCCGGCAACAUAUUGGAUAAAUGCUGUACAGAGAGUUUCAUUCCUCGGCAAUUGUUAUUAUCAGCUGUAUUGAUAUGGAUGGUUACCAAAACGCUACUUCUUUCUUUGUGGCUAUGUUGAACACCGUAAUGUGAUGUGUUCUAAAAGCAUGCGCCAUGAGUGCAGAUUU